UGUAUUUUUAUUUUUUUUUAUUAUUAUCUCUUUUGGUGUUUCCUGCGCUUCUCCAGCUCCGCACCAGCCGCGCUCCUGCGUCCUUCCAGCGGCGCUUUCUCCGGACGAAUGUGCGUGGAUGGUUUUUUUUUUUUUUCUUUUUCCCCUAGAUUCAUGUUAAAAACAUAAAAACAAAAAAAAAAUCCCUGCAGAAGAGGGGGAAUAAACUUGGAAAAAGACCCAGGAAGGUAAAUAAUAAAUAUAUUUAAAGUUAUAUAACGGACCAGGAGGAGAAUAAAACCUGCAGGUCACUUGCGCUUGUGGGGAUAAAGACGACCAGGGACGCCCAACAUCCAAGGUGUCAAUGCAGUUAGAAAGAGAGGUUGGAGGGGAAGGGCUGGUCUGAAACCCGGUGAGGAGGCGAUGGCGGGUGGAGGUGCCCGGGCUCACGCUCCCCAUCAGCCCACCGCAGCCCCGUCAGCAGCCGCAGCAUGAGGUGGAGGGAGAAGACUCAGAUGACGUGACCCUUAUUUUAACCUCAAGAAGACAAGACAUUGAGCAUGACCUUUUAUUUGUCUGCAGUACCAUAGAAGAGCCAGUUAGACGCCUCCAUGGCCACAGAAUAGCCACCUUUUUUCUCCACUAGGAGCCCUUUUAACCUGGCUUAAAGCUACAUUUUGGGACUCAGAUGUUUUCCUGACUCCACCUGGAGGCUUACUUCAACCCAUGUGCCGGCCCAGAUAACCCUCUGAUUUGUUUGCAACCACAUGUUUGAAGUGGCAUUAAAUGACUGCUGCUGCUGUCUAAUCUUGAGCCGCAGCAGCCUUUUGCACCCCCGAUCGUCAUCAUGCAGUGGAGACGGCGGCACUGCUGUCCCAUUAAGAUGACCUGGAACAUCAAGCGUUCACUCUUUCGAACCCAUGUGGCUGGUCUACUCUCCUUGGCUCUACUCUUUACCCUUUUCUUAUUUUUCAGCCACCAGGACUGGUUGUCCGGGCGCAGUGGGCCUCGUGACAACCCAUUGACCUAUACCAUCAGGGGUUUCCGUAGUGCUAAGGGAGAGACCAAUCAGAACAGCUCCCUAAGGAGCCUCUGGAGGGAAACAGGGUAUGUGCCACCAAAGCCUCUGCUCAACCUCAGUACUCAACAGGCAGAAGGGGCAGCAGGAGAGCCAGGAGGAUUGGGACGUGAAGCUGGAGGAGGCACCAGGAUGGGUGUAAUGGGGCUGUGGGACUCCAUGAGUACUAACAACAGUUUACAGAAAGAGAUGGAUGUAGGAGAGAAGCUUAGUGCUCAGCCAUAUCGCUACAUCCUGAAUGAGCCUUUUAAGUGCAGGGACAACACACCCUUCCUUAUCCUCCUCAUUGCUGUGGAAUCUGGACAAGCUGAUGCACGCAAUGCAAUCCGCCAGACAUGGGGAAACGAAAGUGUAGCAAUGGGCUUGUGGUUUGUUCGACUUUUUCUUCUUGGCACACCCAAGAGAUCAGAUAACUUCAUUCAAAGUAGCAUUGAAGAAGAGAGCCGUGUUUUCCAUGAUAUCAUCCAACAGGACUACCAGGAUACAUAUUACAACUUGACCAUCAAAACACUGAUGGGCAUGAACUGGGUGGCCACCUAUUGCCCACAUGUCUCUUAUGUAAUGAAAACAGACAGUGACAUGUUUGUCAAUACAGAGUAUCUUAUUCAGAAGCUGCUAAAACCUGAAAUGCCACCAAAACAAAGGUACUUUACUGGUUACUUAAUGAGGGGCUAUGCACCAAACCGAAACAAGGACAGCAAGUGGUACAUGCCACCAGAGCUUUAUCCAAGCGAGCGCUACCCAAUAUUCUGCUCAGGCACAGGGUACGUGUUCUCAGGGGACAUGGCAGAGUUGAUUUAUCAGGCCUCACUCAGCAUACGCAGGCUCCACCUUGAGGAUGUAUAUGUGGGGAUCUGCCUUGCAAAGCUGCGCAUUGACCCAGCUCCCCCUCCCAAUGAGUUCCUAUUCAACCAUUGGCGUGUUUCUUACUCUAGUUGCAAGUACAGCCACCUGAUCACGUCCCAUCAGUUCCAACCCAAUGAACUCAUAAAGUACUGGAACCAUUUGCAAAGUAACAAGCACAAUGCCUGUAUCAACAUGGCGAAGGAAAAGAACGGCAGGUACAGACAUAGAAAGUUUCAUGGAGAGAGACCUCCCUGACAUAUCCGUGACUAGAACCUGCUUCAGUGGAAAAAAGAGUGAUCCGUUCACUAGAACUUUGGAAGAGGGAGUUUUGAACUCAUCACUAAACACUGUAUGAGGAAAAGCACAUUGUUUUUAGUAUUGUAUACAGUUGAUGAUCCAAACUAUUUUUUUAUUUCUAAAAAGUGUAUUGUAAACCUAUCAAGCUAUUUCUAAAAAGGAGAAUAGGAAGGGACAUAGUCGUGUGAUGUGGAGCAUUCAGGUGCCAACUGAUUGGCAGUAAUUCAUGUUCUCCUCCCAAGGGUAUAGCAGUAUGUCACACUCCAGAUAUUUGAAAAUAUACUCAGUGGUGUUACGCAGACAAAGGGAAAGUACAUGUACUAUGUGGGGAAAAAGUUAAACUACCUAAUUAUGAAUGAAUUAUAUAAAUCUUUAACGUUGACCAGUUGUUAUGCUGCCCGGUUUAUUGGUGUUUAUUUUACAGAUCUAUCAAGGAAGACUACUUCAAAAUGUAGUUUGUCAUCAAAUGUGUUAUUUAUUUUUUAAAUAAUCUACAUGAACACACCCACAAUCACAUCAGAGAUGACUCAGAUUGUAUUUUCUAAAGCUUUACAUGAAGAAUGACUCAGCACUUGAACUGAUGUGCAAUGAAUCAAGUGAAAUUAAAUG